AUGAACCUAUGCCCAAUAGUUGAGCUUUAUACCUUUAAAGAUUAUAUUCUACGUCGAAGCGGAGGGCACACUACUGCCUAUACACUCUCCCGCGUGCUCAAGCGCUCAGGACUCGUCUCCAUAUUCGUCUCUGCUCUUCCCAAGCUCUCCCCCGUCCCCCAUCACUGUCUCAUUUCCCCUUUGUUCCCUUUUCCCGCAUCUGUCGCAGCUUUACCACCCCAUACACUCAAAAUAAACCCCUGUGUUGCACAGCCUGAUGGGGGCGCAAGCGCUGUUUCGUCUCAUCCGUACCUGAACGUUUGCACCACUGAGGGAUCUAUCGUUUUUGCAUUGGGUCCUGGCGGUGGCGCAAAGGGUCCAUUUCUAUCAAGUUUCUAUCUUCACAAAACAUCGGGUACUCAGCAACGACACCCGAGGCGUGAGCUCAGCGCCGGCCCUGGUGCCACCUAUUCGUCAAGUUUCGACCCGAGCACGCGUCUUGGCAACACCGUUCGCGCCAUCGACAGCAUGACCAUUGCCAUUCGUCAUGUCCGCCAGCGGUGCAUCGGGCAAGGUGGAGAAGUACUCUAG